GCUGCUCGGGCGGUCGGCGCGGAGACCCAGCGGGGUGCCCUCUGGAGCCACUUCCCCACUCCGGGCUGUCAGCGGUUCCCUUCGCUCGUUGCCUUCCGGGAGCACGGGUCGCGGCGCUUUGAGCUUAUUUCUUGAACGUCCCUGCAGGCCCGGGAGAGGCGCGGGCCGGGCCCGGGGACCUCGGCGGCAGCCCGGAAGCGGGGCGGCGGUGGCGGGGCGCUGUGGGCGGGCGCUGUGGGCGGCCGCGUGGGCCAUGGGGCGGCGGUCGCGGGCCCGGCGGACCCAGAGGGGGCCGCGGCCGGAGGGCGCGGAGGACGGCGCCGACGGCGGCGGGAAGCGCAGUGAGGCGGGCUGGGAAGGCGGGUACCCGGAGAUCGUCAAGGAGAACAAGCUGUUCGAGCACUACUACCAGGAGCUCAAGAUCGUGCCCGAGGGCGAGUGGGACCAGUUCAUGGAAGCGCUCAGGGAGCCCCUCCCGGCCACCUUGAGAAUUACUGGCUACAAAAGCCACGCAAAAGAGAUUCUCCAUUGCUUAAAGAACAAGUAUUUCAAGGAAUUGGAGGACCUGGAGGUGGAUGGUCAGAAAGUCGAAGUUCCACAACCCCUGAGUUGGUAUCCAGAAGAACUUGCCUGGCACACCAAUUUAAGUCGAAAAAUCUUGCGAAAGUCUCCACAGUUGGAAAAGUUUCACCAGUUUCUGGUUAGCGAAACUGAAUCUGGAAAUAUCAGUCGACAAGAAGCUGUUAGCAUGAUUCCACCACUGUUACUGAAUGCACACCCCCAUCACAAGAUCCUAGAUAUGUGUGCAGCACCUGGGUCAAAGACCACACAGUUGAUUGAAAUGCUGCAUGCUGACAUGAAUGUCCCUUUUCCAGAGGGAUUUGUCAUUGCGAAUGACGUGGACAACAAACGUUGCUACCUGCUCGUUCACCAGGCCAAAAGGUUGAGCAGCCCUUGUAUCAUGGUGGUCAACCAUGAUGCAUCCAGCAUACCUAGGCUCCAAAUAGAUGUGAAUGGAAGGAAAGAGAUUCUCUUCUAUGAUCGCAUUUUAUGUGAUGUCCCUUGCAGUGGAGAUGGUACUAUGAGAAAAAACAUUGAUGUUUGGAAAAAGUGGACCACCUUAAAUAGCUUGCAGCUGCAUGGCUUGCAGCUGCGGAUCGCAACGCGAGGCGCGGAGCAGCUGGUAGAAGGCGGCAGGAUGGUGUACUCAACGUGUUCACUCAACCCCAUUGAAGAUGAAGCUGUCAUAGCAUCCUUACUGGAAAAAAGUGAAGGUGCUCUGGAGCUGGCUGACGUGUCUUCUGAGCUGCCGGGGUUAAAAUGGAUGCCAGGGAUCUCGCACUGGAAGGUCAUGACGAAAGAUGGGCAGUGGUUUGCAGAGUGGGAUGAUGUUCCACACAGCAGACAUGCGCAGAUCCGGCCCACCAUGUUCCCACCAAAGGACCUGGGAGAGUUAGAGGCCAUGCACCUGGAGCGCUGUCUUAGAAUAUUACCACAUCAUCAGAAUACUGGAGGUUUCUUUGUGGCAGUGUUAGUGAAAAAGUCCUCAAUGCCAUGGAAUAAACGUCCACCAAAGCUGCAGGGGCUGUCUGCGGAGCCGAGGGGGCCUGUGCAGCCCAGCCCUGCUGCAGCCCCCCCGGGAGGGACAGCUGCCAACUGCUCCGAGCUGGAAAGUAACCCAGUCCCUGGAGUAAGUGAUACAGAAGUACUUGAAAGAACUGAAAAUCAAGAGAAUAACGGAAACAAGAAAGAUGGCGUAUGUGGUCCUCCUCCUUCUAAGAAGAUGAAGUUAUUUGGAUUUAAAGAAGAUCCUUUUGUGUUUAUUCCUGAAGAUGACCCGUUAUUUCCACCUAUCCAGAAAUUUUAUGCUUUGGAUCCUUCAUUCCCAAAGAUGAAUUUGUUAACUCGAACUACGGAAGGGAAGAAAAGGCAGCUGUACAUGGUCUCAAAGGAGCUGAGAAACGUGCUCCUGAACAACAGUGAGAGGAUGAAGGUUAUUAACACUGGGAUAAAAGUCUGGUGUCGAAAUAACAGCGGAGAAGAGUUUGACUGUGCGUUCCGGCUAGCACAGGAGGUAAGGUGGGAGUAGCCUGGACGGCGCUGGCCACAAGUGACCAUGAAGCACUCUGCACAA